AAUGGAUUGUGGAUUCUUUCACAUUGGUCUCGUUCGACGGGCUUACUUUCGGUUUUCUUUUCUUUCCUCUGAAUAGUACAUCUCGAGCCAGGUAACUUAAAUUAUUGAAAGAAAAGUUAACAAAGGAAACAUGGAUCCAAAUAGGAACAGACCUAGCAGACCACGUAUUCGUUCUCAUGGCAAUUCUGCCAGGAUACUUGUGUUUGAUCAAGUUGAGAGCGAAGAAUCUGCUUGCAGCACUGAAACAGAAACACAGAAACGACCGAUUCCGCUCAAAGUAGAAAGCAAGGAGGCUCCAGUUCGGCCUGUUAGUGGAGAACUGUCAAAUCUGGUUCGAAUGAGGAAUUCGGCAAUUGGAAAGUCUGCACCAUCUUUGUCUGUUCAUGUGCGUGAUUUCAACAUUCCUCGACGUGCCGCUAAAGCAGUUCAUCGGAAAUCUUUUAUUUCGACAACAUCUCCAACUCUACCACGUUGUCAUUCACCAUUGUCAGCAUUCGUCCCGAUCGUAGGCAGUCCUCUAGAGAGUCCUAGGAUGUCAUCCAGUCCACAUUUUGCUUUUGCUCCAAUUAAAAGGAUCGGCGGAAGUGCUACAGGGACGGGUGAUGGUAGAAGAUGGUCCGUAGCUAGUUUGCCGUCUAGUGGAUAUGGAACGACACCGGGGUCUAGCAAUGUUUCGUCACAGUAUUCGAGUCAAGAACGCUUGCAUCAACUUCCGAAUGUCCCUACUAAGGAUGAGUUGCGCAUGCUUUCCUGUCAUUUCUCUAAACCUGGUACGCCGUGCUCUUCGCAUCCGGGUUUCCCGGGCUCCAGCAUCUCCAGCAUUCCGGGCAGCGUGUCGCUCAGUCUCGAUGAGGAGGGUCGUAGAUCGCCGUUGCACAGACCCCGUUCAAGAAGCUUAAGUAGUCCAAGUCGGUCUCCUGUAUUGGACAGCGAAAUCGUUAUGAUGAACACCUUAUAUAAAGAAAGAUUUCCAAAGGCAACGCAACAAAUGGAGGAACGUUUGACUAAUUUUAUCAAUGAAAAUAAAGAAUUGGAUGAAUACGAGGUAAUGACUAACAUGGCCCAAGACUCAUUACCAAUUUUGCGAUUCGUACACCAUCAAGUAAUCGAAAUGGGAAGAGAUUGCUUGCAAAAAUCUCAAGAAAAGUUGAUCACCACUAGAUAUUUUUAUGAAAUGAGUGAAAAUUUGGAGCAUUUGCUGAUGGAGACGAAAGAUAAAUCGCUCGAAGCGGCGACGAGAUUAACCGGGCUCAUCAAGAAAUUGUUACUAAUAAUAUCACGUCCAGCUCGUCUUUUAGAGUGUCUAGAAUUUGACCCAGAAGAAUUUUAUCAUUUAUUGGAGCAAGCCGAGGGUCAAGCGAAAAUUAACGCGGGAAUAAAAACGGAUAUACCUCAAUAUAUCAUUAACAAACUUUCCCUAAACAGAGAUCCAAUAUCAGAGUUACAAGAAGAUUUAAACAAAUUGGAGGAUUCAGCGAGUUCGAGCGAUAGUAAUUUACAAAUUACUUCAAGUCCGGGUAAAGACGAUGAAAAAUCUCACCGCAUUCCAUGUGAAAGCGAUUACGAAGUAUUAAAAUUAAUCAGUAACGGCGCGUACGGUGCAGUAUAUUUAGUUAAAGAAAAAACUACGCGACAGAGAUUCGCGAUGAAGAAAAUAAAUAAAAACAAUUUGAUACUACGAAAUCAAGUGGAACAAGUUUUUGCCGAACGGGACAUAAUGAGCUUCACAGACAAUCCGUUUGUAGUUUCUAUGUACUGCAGCUUUGAAACAAAGAAACAUUUAUCUUUGGUGAUGGAGUAUGUAGAGGGUGGUGAUUGUGCGAAUCUUUUAAAAAAUAUUGGUCCACUGCCACCAGAUAUGGCAAGAUUUUAUUUCGCCGAGACUGUUUUAGCUGUUGAAUAUUUGCACAAUUACGGCAUCGUUCAUCGAGAUUUAAAGCCUGACAACUUACUCAUUACUGCCCUUGGUCACAUUAAACUAACUGACUUCGGUCUCAGUAAAAUGGGUCUUAUGUCCUUGGCGACAAAUCUUUACGAAGGAUACAUCGAUAGAGAUACGAGACAGUUUUCAGAUAAACAGGUAUUCGGUACACCCGAGUACAUCGCUCCCGAAGUGAUACUUCGUCAGGGAUACGGAAAACCGGUUGAUUGGUGGUCCAUGGGCAUUAUACUCUAUGAAUUUCUAAUUGGCUGUGUACCAUUUUUUGGUGAUACUCCGGAGGAGCUAUUUGCUCAUACAGUUAACGAUGAUAUCGAAUGGCCAGAUGAGGACGAUUGGAUCGUUCAGCCAGAAGCUAAGGAUAUCAUAACGGCGUUGUUGCAGCAGAGUCCUAGAGAUCGUUUAGGCACCGGAGGACCUCACGAAGUUAAAGACCAUCCGUACUUUUAUGGAGUGAAUUGGAACAGUUUGCUUAGACAGAAGGCCGAGUUCGUGCCGCAAUUAAUUAACGACGAGGAUACUAGUUAUUUCGACACUCGCAUGGACAGAUAUAAUCAUGAUAUUGGAGACGAUACUGACGAUACAGAUGACUCUCCUUUAUUCGGUUCUUUUUCCUCGUAUUCGCCACAAUCGCGAAAGAUAUCUCAAACCCGUCCACCGCUAAUAAAUCCCGAGCAAGCUGAGUUAGAUGCUUCGAAAAAACAAUUGUUCCGCACCGAGCUCGAGCGCACGGUUGCACAAUUAUCCCUUGGAUCGAACAGUUCGACUACGCCUCCAUCCAAGUUAGUGGAAUCGACUCCGUCGGAAAAGAAUCGGCCGUUCGCGUCUGUUAAGAGUAACACAUCCACGUCCACGUCCUUCGAAACACCUCCGAAAGCAGAUAGAUCAAACGCAUCGUAUACUAGCCACGCUACGGUGACCAGUGGCGAAUCCUCGCAGUUAACUGUCCUUAAAAAUAGUCAAGUAGAGGGAACAUCUGUCGGUUUAAGCACGCCCGACUCCUCACAAACUGAAUCCGAGGAUAUCAGUCCACAGAUCCAGAGAAAACGACACGUGCACUCACGUGACAAGCUGCCCAGGUUCAGUAUAUCCAUUGAUGAUGAACACAUGUUGGAUCUGAUCGCAGCUAAUAGAGAUUCGACCGAGGACAAUUCUAGCAAGCACAAUUCUAGUACCGAUUCGUUUGAAUCGUUCUGCGCCAUGCCAAUUAUACCGUCCGCGAAACAAAAAUCGCGGUCCGUAAUAAAGUCCGCGUCCACUAGUGGUUUAUCAUUGGUGAUACCGGCGAGUGAUUUCUCUUAUGAUGCAUCAUUGAAUACUCAACAAAUUGAAUCUCCUGGUGGAUCCUCCACUGCUUCAUCAAGAGAUACGUCCCCUUGUCGCGAGUUGAGUCCAUUGGUGACCAGUUUGAAGCCUCCGAUCAUUAUUCGAAGAGGGCCAUGUGGAUUUGGCUUUACCGUGCACACUAUUAGAGUUUACUACGGAGACAGUGAUUUUUAUACAAUGCAUCAUUUGGUAAUGGCUGUCGAUCAGUCCAGUCCAGCGUUCGAAGCUGGUUUAAGACCAGGAGAUCUGAUAACGCAUAUAAAUGGGGAACCGGUACAAGGUUUAUAUCACAUACAAGUUCUUCAGUUGAUGGUGAGCGGUGGUGAUCACGUCACGCUGCGCAGCACACCCUUGGAGAACACCAGUAUUAAAACGGGCGGACGAAAGAGAGACUUGACUCAAAGCAAAAUGGCACGCAAAACGUUGCAUAAGCAGCGAAAGUUGAAGCGUGAUCAUUCCGAUAAGAAACGAAAAACAUCCCUUUUUAAACGAAUUAGUUCGAAACGAGCUAGUGUAGAGAUGCAACAGCCAUUAACUAUCAGUUGUCCAUUGUCAGCACCCAUUCUAUCCAGCGACAGCAAACCUCCACUUAUGAUGGCUGCAGGGAUUUGUUCUCCAUCGAUGGUGACGCCUAGUCGAUCUUUCCAAUCGUUCACACGUUCCCAGGAGACGUCGCCGUACUUCGCAGCCUGUACCAAGUCCGUCUGCAGUCCGUCACCGCCAACAAACCGCGUCAGCUCAGAUUCUUAUCACUCCACCGGGAACUCGAGUCCAUGUUCAAGUCCAAAUUCAUCGUCACCCAGUUCUACUACGUCCGCCGCGAAUUUACCGACCAUCGCGAAUCAAUCUCAUUAUCAGAGGCCAAGCACGCUUCAUGGUUUGAAGCAUAAAUUGCACACGGCGGCGAAGAACAUACAUUCACCAAAUCGCAGAAAAUCUGUGGGUCAUAUACCAUUGUCUCCGUUGGCCAGAACUCCGAGUCCGUCACCGCUUCCAGCCAGUCCAACUAGAAGCCCUAGUCCGUUAGCAUUUCCCACAGGGCAUCAGCCUGGUAGUUCUAACACUACGCAGUCUUAUAGUCCAGGUGUCUGUCUGUCAACGCCGAACAAUCAGAAAAAGGGCUACGGGCGUCCGAAAUCGGCUGAGCCUGGUUCGCCAUUGCUGAGAAGAGCCCUUAGUCCGGACAGGCUACAUCCUCGUUCUGCGGAAAAUAAGACGUCAAUCUCACCAUUGGCGAACACUGUGGUGAAAGUGACGCCCCGAGCGACCAUAUCACAAUCGUCAUACUCGGAAUCGACCGAGGAGUGCAAUGAGAGUUUUAAGGAGCUAAACGACUCGAAGCCAGAGAAGAAAGUGUCAGCGGAACAGAAAGCGGAUUAUUCAAAGAUAUCGCAUGGAAUCUCGAUAAACCUGGGGAACGUAACCAUGUCUAAUUCGUGCGGGAGCACGCAGCUGCCAAGAAUAGCCGAAGAAAAAGAUUCACCGACCGGUUCCAAGGCCGACGAUUACUCGAAAGAAGCUUUACCCUCCAAGUUCGACAGAUUCGACAAAACUGACACGAACAAAUGGAUCGAAUCGGAAAACGUCGUUGAACACGGUGACCAUAGCGAAUCGAAAACGGAGAGACAAGUUUUGAGUAGUAAAAACUGCGAAGCCUCGUGCAUUAUUAGUAAAAUCGAGGAACAGACUCAUUCGGAUAAUUCCCUCAACAAGCAUACACCGCGUAGUACGCAAAACGUAACUCAUAAGCAAUCUCAGAACAUCGAAAGAGGCUUGCAAAGCGCUCCGUCUCAGAAAACGCCGUCACAGAUUAAUGAGAAAUGUUCACAAUCUUCGUCGCAAAAGAUUUCGUCACAAGGCAACGAGAAAAGCUCCCAAUCUUUGAACCAAAAGACGUUGCUGCAAAACAGCGAGAAAGGUUCGCAUGGUUCAAGCCAAAAGAUGUCAUCGCAAAGCAACGAAAAGAGUUCGCAAUCGUCUGCUCAAAAACUUCAGUCGCAAGCCAACGAAAGGGGUUUCCUGCAAGCUAUAUCGCAGAAGACGUCCCAGAGCAACGACAAGACUGGAUCACAAAAACCGAUUCAGAGCAGUGAUAAAACAACCAUGUCAUCGUCUCAUAAAACGAGCGAACAGAAGGGGACUGGAAAAACUUCGGAAAAUAAUUCAGAAGGACGAAAAACUUCGAAAAAGCAUAAGAACGACAGUUCAGACGGUUCGAACAAUGCGUCUUCGAAUCAACAUUCGACUACGUUUGAGACUCUUGGAAAGGAUAAAAAGAAUAAUUAAACUGGAAUGAUCGAUUAAAUUGAAAGAUCUUUAUCUGUAACGACAAGACUUCAUCUGCGAAUGAAAAAGAAUGAACCGUGUGUGUGUUUUUUCCUCACGUAUUUCUUUUCAAUCAAGGGGAGUGCGAAGCGAGCAAAUCUAAAAAACAUGAACGUGGAAAUUCGAGUAAGAUCAGAAUAAAUGAAAAAUCAAAAUGAGAAAGGAAUGGAGUAACUAGUUUGGAAACUAGUUAGAAAAACUAGCUUUAAAGGGAAGUGGUUUGAUACUCGAAUCAAGUAUUUAUAGGCUUCCAUCGAAUAACACACCUGAAACACAUAGCUUUAGCUAGUAUUUCUCACGACGUGAAUUAAGAGUCGCUAUUUCUGUAACCGGCAAUCUUUGUUGUACGAUCACUGAACAAACAAAAUCGUAAACGAGAUGAGAGAGCAAAUGUCAAUCAUUUUGAGAGCAGACGCGAUCAGUUCGAAAUUAUCGUUACUGUUUUUCAAGCGAGAAUGUAAGGCAAACACAAACACAAAGGUACAUUGGAGUUAUUUAUACUUCGGGCUACAGUAUUUACACGAUCUCAUUUACAUUAUAAUUAUUAGCACAUCAUAGAUCAGCAUAUAGCAGUCAGUGAAUUACGUGCAGAUAGUUUUUUCAAUAUGUGUAAUAUUCGUCAAGUAAAGGAACGAAAAUAGAAAAUGAAAAAAAUGAAAGCAACAUGUAUCGUAUAUACUCGUGUUUUAAAGAUAAGAAUUUUUACUUAUCGUUUCUAUUUUUUUUUUUAAAUAUCGCAGAUGUCUAAUGACAAUUUUAUAUAAUGUAAAGCGCGUGGCAAGGGCUGGACCUGCGCCUAUUUUAUGUGUUCUAAAAUUAAAGUGUUUUUCAUACGAAACUUGUUCCCAUUGUAAAGUGUGUUUACGAAUAUACAUUUAUUUGAAAUUGAAUGAGUUUUUGCGUUGUUAAGUUUGCUUCUUCUAUGAAUGAUAUAAAAAAAAACCGUUCUAAAAGAAAUCGAAGUCGGCCUAGUCUCCCGCGAGUAUAUACGGUAGUAGGGGCCAUUAUCGCCGCAAUGAUUAUCGUACAAGAUGCUCCCGCAUGCACAAUAAGACAUGUAAAAAAUAUAUAUAUUGACUCUUCAACCUUUCCUCUUGAUUUCAUACACUGUGAUGAACUUUUAAUUGAAGUUAAAGCGAAAAUUGGUGCUAACAUUCAUUGCUCAGGUAUCCUCGCAUGCGAGAACUGGUGCUCCUAUACAAUUCGUACUCGUGCAGAAAGUGAUAGAAAGUUGAAAAAAGUUAGAAAAUGAAAAAAGGUGAUUUUUGCAUAGAAACGAGUAAGGAGAACGUCAACGGUCUUUAACGAUGUAGCAAGAAUAUAUCGCGUUGGAAGCAUCUUGAGAUUUUGGCAGCGAUAAAAAAGGGAAAGGCUAAAAGUUGCAAGCGUCCCGUUGUAAUCAUUUUUUCUUCUUUUUUUAUUAGUAUUAGAAAUAAUCGUUAAUUUAUUCUGUAUAUAUAUAUAUAUAUAUAAAAAAAGAAUUGUAUAUUAGUUGUUAAGGGCAGAUUGUAUGCUUUAAUUGUGAAAAGAAAAGGAAAAACAAUUGAAACCGGAACGGACCACGGUUUCCAGUUUUUUUGAAAGUCCAAAUUGUUCAUUGCCGCACUUCUCUGGUAAGAAAAUAAGAAACAUUGCCAUCAAGCUUUGUUACAAGUAUGUGUGUGUCAUAUUUCUGCCAUAAAAAUACGAUACACUUCGUUCGCGUUAUAAUAAUCCCGCUAUAACUUUUUAAUAUUAUCGAUAUACACAUCGUUAACGAUGAUGAUCAACUGUGGUGAUAUUCUUUUGUUUUUAAUAUAAACUUAAAAUUGAGCGAAGGAACCAUAAGUAGCGAUAACGUGUUGCCAUUCGUUUAACUGUACCUAUUAAUUGAAGAGAAAGCCGCAUAAUAAUCGAUUGUCGUGAGCGUGAAUCAAGUUCGUUUCUGUGUUGUGGUGGAUUGUGUACGCUAUGUUUUAAACGUAGGCGUUAUAGACGAUAAGGGAAUUACUUAAACAAACAGGAAAAAAAUACAAGUUUUUAGCUAAAGAAAGCAAACUUCAUCUAUCGAGAUCGAGAGGCACGAAUUCUGAAAGUAUGAUGAUUUUUACCCGUGUAUCACUUUUAAAGGGUUUUUAAUACAAACGACCAUGAAAAAUCUGAAAUCAAUCUCAAAUUUUUUACUACAUACUAUAUACUCUGUAUUUAAUUUAUUCUGAUAAAUAAAUCGAUUUCUGGUCGUUUGUGAAAACGGCCUCGUCGUGUAGGUAAAACGCCACGAAAGUUAAUUUUUAAAUCUGACGAGAAAGAAGAUUCAGUAGCUGCUUAAUUUAUUAAUUGAUCUGACUGUGUUAUUAGAAUUUUUAUAAUGCCUCUCUUCUCUGUCCGCAUACCCAUUUUCUCUGCUUAGCGUACGGUUGAUAUACUGAUCAAUAAUAUAACGUUGAUGUCGUCUUAAUUAAGAGUCUGAGUAGUCGUAUUGCGUUUACCGAGGAUUACGAGACAGCAUGGAUGAAGUUCUUUCGAAUCCGACGAAUUUUCGCUGCUCAAGGAAGUUAGUGCUAUUGGGAAAAGAAGAAAAAGAGCAUACGAAAUUGUAGACACGUUGGACAUUACGGGACAUCUCACGUUGUCACCCGAUAAACUCUUUCUAAAUCAGCGAUAAACACAAGCGUCAUGAUGUCGAUUUCAAAAUUUAAAAAACGAAAAAGCAGAUGAAAGAAAUUAAAGCAAUCCUACGGAAGACUUCGAUGAUUGCUUAUUAUUAAUGUAUCGUAGUAAGCGUAUAAUAAUGAUAACGAAGCUAAGAAAAAUCUUUGUAGAAGCGUAGACGAGCGACGACCGUUAUUACUUUCGUUACUUUCGUUUUAUAAAUUGUUUUUAUUCUCUUAAAGCACGUAAAAUGCGUAAGUAACGAUGCACUAUUAAUCAACGAGAUCAAACGACUUCCGUUUCAUAAUUAAAAAAGGACUUUCAAGAGCUGCCGUAACAACGGACGGGAUCUCGGGGUCGUAGUAAGUUAGGUGUUCCCACGAGUUUGCAUUUCCAUCGAUUCGAGUAAAAAAAAUAGCAGAAGAGAGAUAUUUUCCGAAUAUUGUGCGCGUGCUAUUAUGUGCGAUGGGGCGAGACUGUCAACGCUUUAUCCAUUGGAUAUUGUUUCGUUACGUUUAACGCGAGUUGUGAUCAUUGUAAAGUAUUAAAUACAGUUAGAAGUUAUUUCACAGGACGAGUUAAAUACUGAAAAUGAUUUUCCGCUUUUGCCAAGUGUUGACGUAUUUUCAAAUCGGCGAAUUCUCGAAAUUCUUCGAUUUGUUGAUGAUUAAAAGGGAAUUAAGUCGUUCCCAUUUCAGUUUUCGCGAGAGCAUAGGAAAAUUUAUAGUCGCAUAAACUGGAGAAACAAUAAUAAAAAACAUUUGUAUAAAAUGACCAUCGAUUGAGCUGAAACUUCGGUCUCAUUCACUCGUGGAAAGAUUAAAUAUUAAAAUUGAAAACAGGAAGCGGCGUGGCGCUUCGCAAUCCAUAUUCAAGCUCUUUCAUUAACUAUUUUCUUUUCCUUCGCCUUCGUCUCUUCUUUCCGACAUGGUCGACUUAAAUUAUUUUUCUUUGUGAUAAGCGAAGAAAAUAUUCUCCAUGAGAAUGUUUUUCAGCGAAUUCGAUGAACAUUUGAUAAUUAUUAUGUAUAUUACACAUUAUGCGAAAUACAGUUUUCGUUUCUUCUAUA